GUGGUCUCCUCAACUUCAUAGCGAGUACAACGCGCUCAUAUGUCGUCUAAUACGCCUGCCCCGUCUUCCACAGGGGUUUCUCCGUCCACCGCAAACGCAAACGCUCAAGAUGCCGCGCAGAGUGCGAACCCAGUUGAUCGACUCGUGCUGGAGUAUCUGCGUGCUCGUGGUCACAAAAGUGCAGAAGCUGCGUUGCUCGAAGCAAUCGAGAGUGGAAGCACUGAAGUCUCCGGGAAUACACUGUCGUCCGACGAUUUGAUUAAGGGUUUAGCAGUGUUUGCACAGAAGCCAUCGCGGCCUGGCGAAAAUGUCUUGAAGGACAGCUCAAGCGUUCUCCAAGAGUUGAGCACGAUGGGAAAUCCUUCGAGUAUUCAAACUCUGAUCGCAAGCCUCGGUACUGCUGGCGCCGAAGAAAUACUCUCACUUGACCCCACCGAUAAACACGAAGGGUUCAGAGAACUCGAAUCAUGGGUGGAAGGGUCGUUGGACAUGUACAAGCCUGAGUUUCUUCCGAUGCUUUUCCCGAUAUUCUGUCACUUCUACCUUGAUUUAGUCCAAAAAGGCUUUAAGGAGGCAGCACUUCAUUUUCAUGCAACUUUUUCCCCAUCCUUGGCACCAACCCAUAAUGUGACUUUACAUCACCUGUCAACCUUGAUGUUGCCGUCGCACGUCCAAAAUGAUGACCUAGCACAGCGUUUUCGCAACGAGAAAUACGUUAUAAGGAUGAGCCGGUCUGGUUUCAGCCUCCUAAUAGGUUGGUUAACGGAAGGUGUGGGUGGAGAAACACCCGGUGCAGGUGAGGGCUUUUCCGGCGAAAAAGGGAAGCGAGGACGGGCAGCAGUCAUGCGCGUUGUAAAUAACCAUUUGCGCUUUGACGUCACAAACGCGAGUGCGACGUCGGUAUCUCCCAAUGCAUGGGAGGAAUCCACUGGGCUCCUGUCAUCGCUCAUUCCUGCAAUCGCUCAGCCGAAUGGUUCAUCGGCUGUGCCGAAUCCACACACUUUUAACACUUCCAAAGGUGAACUGAAGCUCGGUCCAGCUCCUACCUCUGAGGAGCUUCGAGCGGAGGCGGAACGCAUCCUCCGAGAACAAGCGAUGCUAGAUCGUGAUCCCAGUGCCCAAUAUGACGCACAUUUCACUCGUCCACAGGCCUUGCCUGGUAUUGUUUCACCCACCGAGGCUGAUUUACUCCCACACCCCCCUUCGUUUAAAACGAUUGAUGUGCAGAGGGAGGUAGAAAAAGUGCGUGAUGCAAGAAAGCGGAUACGGCUUGACCCCUCAGCUAUGAGCUCGAUGGAUAUGAACUCUACCCAAAGCACGUCCGCACGGUCGAAAGCCUUACCCAGUAUCUGCGCCUACACCAUGCAUGAUGUUGGAGAAGGAGUACCAUGCUGCACUUUCUCCUCUGACAUCAGCCUGAUGGCAGCGGGAUUCUCUGAAAGUUACAUUCGAUUAUGGAGUCUGAAGGGCGAAAAGCUGAGGGGACUGCGUAGUGAUGCCUCACCGGACGUAGCAGACUCUAGUGGUAUUUCACGAUUGCUAGAACCGGAUGGGAGCAACACACGGAAGCUGAUCGGACAUAGUGGUCCUGUAUACUCUCUCUCAUUCGAUCCCCUCGGUGGUUCUGCAGCGCCCCCAAAAUAUUUACUCUCUGCAUCUGCUGACGCAACCACCCGACUCUGGUCCCUUGAUACUAUGACAAACGUGGUCGCCUACCACGGUCACCAAAACCCAGUCUGGGACGUGCAGUGGAGCCCCAUGGGUACAUAUUUUGCAACUGCUAGUCGAGAUCGAACAGCAAGGCUGUGGUCGACGGAUCGUACCUCUGCCUUGCGAUUAUACGUUGGACAUUUAAGCGAUGUAGAUUGUGUGCGCUUUCAUCCCAAUUCGUUGUACCUAGCCACUGGCUCUGAUGAUUGGACCGCCCGCCUUUGGGAUGUCCAACGCGGAACUUGCGUCAGGGUGUUUAUUGGCCACCAGGGGACAUUAUCCGCCCUAGCCAUUAGCCCAGAUGGCCGGUACCUCGCGAGUGCGGGUGAAGAUCUGGCAAUUAAUCUUUGGGAUCUUGGCUCCGGUCGCCGCAUCAAGAAAAUGACUGGCCAUGCUGCUUCCAUAUACUCUUUGUCAUUUAGCGCUGAAUCUUCGUUAUUGGUCAGUGGGGGUGCCGAUUGGACAGUGCGCUGUUGGGACGUGAGGGGCGCUGGAAGUCAAGUGAAACCUCACGAAAAUGGAGUGGAUGAACCACAAACACUCCGGCCGGCGGAGGAGAGCAAUGAAACCACUGACCUACUUGCAACUUUCCCCACAAAGCGGACUCCGGUAAUCAAUGUUCACUUCACGCCACGCAAUCUUUGCCUUGCGGCCGGUUACUGCCUUCCCCUCGAACCGAGAUAGUGUAUCAAUCUUCCGAGACAUCUGGAUUUUCCGGACCUCGUUAACA